CCAUCUUCGCAAGAAGAACAACAGCCAACAGAGCAAGUUAACAAACAACCGUUUUCGUGUGUGCCAAAAUCCCAAACAAGUGACAACACAAAAUGAAGUGCUUUACGUCGAUCGCGUUGCUCGUCUGCCUGGCCGCCUGGACCCAUGCGGAACCUCCAGUGCCCCAGAACCAGUACCUGCCGCCCAACCAGUCGCCCCAGGCGCCGUCCAACAACUAUCUGCCGCCCACGCAGGGCUUCCAGUCGCCCUCUAACAACUACUUGCCACCCCAGCGUACCGGUGGCGGUGGAGCGCCAAGCAACAGCUACGGAGCCCCGAUCGCUCCUCCCCAGGGUCAGUAUGGUGCUCCCGCGCUGACGGGGGCCAUCUUCAAGGGCGGAAACGGAAACGGCGGCUAUGGCGGCGGAAACGGCAAUGGCAACGGCUACGGACAGCGCGAUGAGGAGCAGUACGGACCGGCCAAGUACGAGUUCAAGUACGACGUGCAGGACUACGAGUCGGGCAAUGACUUCGGACACAUGGAGUCCCGCGAUGGCGAUCUGGCCGUCGGUCGCUACUACGUCCUGCUGCCCGAUGGCCGCAAGCAGAUCGUGGAGUACGAGGCCGAUCAGAACGGAUACCGCCCGACCAUCCGGUACGAGCAGGUGGGCAAUGGCAACGGAAACGGAAAUGGCAACGGAAACGGACGCAAUGGCGGUGGCUACGAUAGCAACGCGCAGCAGGGCAAGUUCAACGGCUAUUGAAGCGGGUGAUGGGAGUAUCCUUCCCGAUUCCCGAUUUAGGUCGACCCAGCAACUAUACUCGUCUACUUCAUGGGAUCGCUGGCCGAGUAUUAAACGCACAUCCAGCCAGAGAGCCAGCGAUCGCAGUCAGUCUAUCCUUACGUCUUUAACCUUUUAGUGGAACGGCCGCCAUUUUGCCAUAGACAGGCGCGUUCCUUUCCCGUUUCCGUUUCGCAACCGUUUACCGUUCUACCGUUAUACCGUUUCCUGUCUCUACGCCUGGAACUCCUUGCCGUUUUGUUUUGUUUAAGCGCCUUCAUUUUGUGUUAGUCUACGCACACACACACAACAACACACCACUCACAAACACCAUGACCAUUACGCAUUCAUACAUACAUGCAUAAGGAUUGUAUUUAGUUUUUAAACGAAAAUGGAAAUUCGAAAGUGAAACGAACUUAUGAGAUUUUUGUGUAUAUUUAAUAAUUAUUAAAUGAAUAAAGAAGCAUUUUUGUAUAAA